GGUGAGGCUGCACAACAGUGGGACUGCCUGCGGACAGAGGACACAAACAGAUGCAGGACUUUCCAAGUCAUUAAAAGCAAUGGACAGGGAGAAGUCAUUGAACCGUUGCAGGGUGAACUCUUCUACUCCUGCUUCUACUACUACUUCAUCUCCACUCAUGUCUGACUCCUCAUCCACCUUCUCCUCCUCCUGGUGCAACUCCUCUCACCCCCUCUUCUCCACCGCCCCGUUCUCGUCCCCUUCCUUUGCUGGUGUUGACCUCCUGUCCGACCUGAAGCUCGUCUACAUCCCUCUCUACACUGCCGUGGUGCUGGUCGCCUGCUCCGGCAACCUCCUCCUGCUCUUUCUCAUCUGGCACAACAAGAAGAGACACAACACCACAAACUUCCUCAUCAGCAACCUGGCACUGGGCGACCUGGUCAUGUGCAUCUUCUGCGUCCCUCUGACUGCAUCCUACGCCUUUGACCCGCGUGGAUGGGUGUUUGGUCCCUUCAUGUGUCAUUUUGUCACCAUCAUGCAGUCUGCAGCCGUCUACGCAGCGGUGCUGUCCCUCAUGGCCAUCGCAGUGGACCGUUACGUGGUUGUGGCUUAUCCCAUACGCAAAAGAGCAGGAUGCCAGUUCUGCUGGGGUCUGGUGAUCCUGAUAUGGCUGUCCUCUCUGGCUUUAUCCACACCGACAGCUCUACACACCAUGCACCUGGACCUGCGGGCUGCGGGGCUGCAGAUGGCCGUGUGUGAGGAGUUCUGGGAUGGCCAGGAGCGAGGCCGUCUCAUCUACUCCUGUUUCAUUCUCUUCUUCUCCUACUUUGUCCCACUGGCUGCUGUCUCCAUCUCCUACUGUGCUAUAUCCUAUCGGCUGAAUCAGAGGACCACGUCGGGAUUGACGGCGUGUCAAGAGGUGAGAUCUGCAAGGUCUUUAUGGAGCAGACGGAAGAGGAAGACCUUCUACCUGCUGCUAGUGUCCGUCCUCUGUUUCGCCUUCUCGUGGCUUCCCUUACAGGUGGUGAAUCUGAUCCGGGACCUGGACACAGACUUCUCAAUCUUAGGGAAGAAUUACGUGAACGUCAUCCAGGUGUCCACUCACCUGCUCGCCAUGAGCUCCGCCUGCUACAACCCUUUUAUUUACGCCUCGUUGCACAGCAAGUUCCUGUCCUACCUGUGUCACCACUUCCUGUCACGGAGGAGAAGAAAGGGAAAGGACAGGGGUCAGAGGUCAAGCACCCUGACAAUGUCACACAGACUGCAUCGCCUUCACACCUCCACGAUUGUGGCAGAUUUACCAGGAGCCGUUGUAAAUAACGUUGUUCCUCAAGACAACUACGCCUAAAUUGUUGUUUCGCUUUAAUACACACAAGAAUAUUUUUCACAAAUGUACAAAAAUAAACAAUACAUUUCAUCUGGUUGUUGUACAUAUUCAUAGCCUUGAGAUUUUUUAAUACUCCAUGGUAUGUUUAGGUCUAUAAUAACGUGCGGUUCUAAUGUAAAUAUUUAUUUGCCAUUACUGUCACUUUAACAUGAGGAUUAUUGUUACGUGUUUCUAAUCUAUUUUAAUUC